AACAGAUGCACGUCAAUUAAAAAUGAUAAAUUAGUUGGUUAUUAGCAAAACUAGCUUUUUUACCAAAAUAAUUUCCCCCGAGUCGCAUUAUAAUGUUUUCGGAAAUUAUACUAACGGCAGGAUUGAUCGUGACGGCAUUUGGUUUAACAACAAUUGACACGACCUGUCCAUUGCCCGACACGAAUGGCAUAAACACCUUUGUGAUUCCUGCAAAUUCGUCGAUCGGAAAAAUAAAUCUCCUUCUCAUUAAAUAUGACCAAGCUCGAAAACUCCCAUUUUCCAGCACGGUCCUUCAUGACCAACUCAAUACACUUAAAGACAUUACACGAGCAAGUGUGAGUGAACCCUUUGGCCCCUUAAAUCAAACUUGCUCGAGUUUGGCCGUACCUACGUUUCAAUUCAACUGCACGGGUGGGAUCAGUAUGACUGAUGCUCAGAAAGUGAAGGCAACGCCACGCUACACUUGGGACAGGGGACACCUUACACCUGCGAAUCCUAUGCGAUUCUCUGAAGAUGCCUUGAACAAGACGUUCGUUUGUGUUAAUCUGGCAGCUCAAGAUUCUUGGACGAAUCAAAACGCUUGGAUGAAUAUUGAAGUGUUUACAGAAAAUAAGCUUAAGGCGACGAAUGGUUAUGUCAUGACUGGAUUGUGCUCAGCAAAUAAUACAGUGGAUGGACCCACAACUUACAAAGGAUACAUCAUCCCUCAAUGUUUCUGGAAAUUGGCCUGCUACAAGGAUAAAUUGACAAAAGUGUCCAAAGUUGUAGGAUAUAUUGGAGAAAACACAAUCGUCAAUUUUAGCGACCUUGUAGCCCAGAAAGAUCGAAAUGCUACCACAUUUACUCCAAGAUCCCAAUCUGAAAUAUUGGCACGAUUGACGAAACCAGAAUUGGUGGCUCAGGGUUGGACGGAUGCUGAGGCUAAUUUGCUUCCUGGAAGACAAGUGGCUAGCACGGACAUUCCAACAGCAAGCGAAUGUAUCGCUGCAACUACAAUUUCUACUGAAACCUUCACUGAAUGGAAAUUGUAGUUUAUAUUUUAAAAUCUCAUCAACCCUUACAUACACAUUGAUUUGACUAUUCCAUUAAAAAUGUCUUUACAACAGCAA